ACCCGACCCGACAUCAUCAUCUAUUCUUCUUCUUCUCAAGCAUUUUACAAAUCGCAGUUUUGUUCUCCAUUAUUCCUUUGAAUCUCCAUCACUGUAAACCUCAAAAGCAGCUCAAAAAUCUCAAAGGAAAAAAAUCACACUGUAGGAAAAAUGACUGAGGCAAUGAUAAGGAAGAAAGCCGGAAUGGCUAGCGUGAAAGACAUGCCCUUAUUGCAAGACGGUCCACCACCGGGCGGUUUUGCACCGGUUCGAUUUGCUCGUCGGAUCCCUAACACCGGUCCAAGUGCUAUGGCCAUUUUCCUUACUGCUUUUGGUGUUUUCUCUUGGGGUAUGUACCAAGUCGGCGUAGGAAAUAAGAAGCGUAGGGUGAUAAAGGAAGAAAAAUAUGCUGCCCGAAGGGCUAUCUUGCCCAUGCUUCAAGCUGAAGAGGAUGAAAGAUUUGUUAAAGAGUGGAAAAAGUAUCUUGAAGAAGAAGCGAGAAUCAUGAAGGAUGUUCCCGGUUGGAAAGUUGGUGAAAGUGUUUACAACUCUGGGAAAUGGAUGCCUCCAGCAACCGGAGAGCUUCGUCCUGAUGUCUGGUAAGAUUUGGUAAUCUUCCAGGACGUGCAGAACGAAAACUGUGUUUCAGUGGAGUUAAAACUUCCCUUUGGAUUUCUUUCCUCAUUGGAAUAAAAAUGUACCUGCAAAGCCUGUGCAGCAUGCUUAGGACAGGAUUUGCUGUAACGUGAUUAGCGUUCUCCCUUCUAUCUGCAUAUGAUUUGGAAUUUAUAAGAGACGACAAUGAAAGUUUCAUGCUCUCUAGUUGUUAGUUCAGAUCAUUUUACUGAA